UUCCGAUAUCGCUCAAAAAAGCGAGCAGCAGCACUCGAUUCGCCGCGCACCUCUCUCGGCUGCUUUCCGGAAUCGGAUCCGUCGCGAAGACGAUCUAAAAAUCAAAGCGCGACUGCGGCCCUGUUACAUCUAUAUACCUAUAAUCCAUCUAUACCUAUAUACACUCUUAUAUAGGUAGGCGACGCGCGGCGCAGCUGCUAUCCUAUCUUACACACUGUAUAAGCAGGCAGUUUCAUAGUGUAUAAGUUAUCGGGAAGAAGAAGCACACGCGGCAUCGCCGUUUCCUUCUAGAACCUCACUCCGCGCCACAAGGAAAAAGUCGGCAGAUCGUCGGAAAUGGCUCGUGGACAGCAGAAGCUCCAGUCGCAGGCCAAGGCUGCGGAGAAAGCUGCCAAGGCGAAGAAGCAGCAGGGUCACAGUGCCAACGACCAGAAGAAGGCUGCACAGAAAGCCCUGGUUCACGUCUGCAGUGUGUGCAAGGCACAAAUGCCAGACCCAAAGACUUACAAGCAACACUUUGAGAACAAGCAUCCCAAGAAUGAUCUGCCAGAUGAUUUAAAGAAUGUAUGAGGUUAGUGCCUCCAACAUUAUCGAAGCUCAGGAGGCAGCUGACAAGAGAGCCCGAUUAUCGUAACUAAAUGAGAGAGUGACUUAGACUUAAGAUAAUGACAGUUAAUUGACUUCUGACGAAGAAAUAAAUUGAAACCCUGUUAUCGCAUCUUAUGAUGAAGAAACUCUUGUGAGCAAAACCAUAAUCAGAACUAUGCAGUUUGAUUUUUGGUUUUCUCUUUCUCUAUCUCUAUUAUAAUGUUCUUCAAUCUCUUUUUCCAAUCACAAUACUAUUGUCGGAAUGACAGAUGCGGGCACCUUUCAUUAGUUUGAAACAGAAGUGCUUUCCUUUAUUUAUAUCAUUUUUUAUCUAUCAUAACUUUUGUAAGAUUCAACUUAAUGUAUAGAGAGAUGCACACUAAAUUUGUAUUAUAAAGUUUUUUUUUAUUGAAUUAAAAAAAGUGAGGAAAAUGAGUAGCAGUGGUUAAUUUUUAUUUUUUAUAUUUCUUUCCGGUAUUUUUUUAUGAUUCAAUAAAAAAAAAAGGAAAAAAGUGUAUGUAAUUUUCUUAAGCCACAAAAUAAUGUAAAAAUUCUCCAAGAAUAAAUAAUAAUCAAAAGUGAGGAAAAAAUUGAACAGGGAGUGGUCGAAUGUACAUUAGCCAGGAGUACCUUAUAAAUAUUAUUUCUAUAUAGUCUGUACAUAUAUAAAGUGUAAUUUGAAGUAAUUAUAUAAUCGUAUCAAUAUUAUUAAAAUAAUACGUAAAGUUCAGCUACAGUUCACGUCUAGCUUACAUAAGUUUCGAUUGUAAUUGCGUGUGAAUUAUAAUGUUAUUUCUUUUUUAAAAUUCAGACUUGAAUUCAUAGUAAAUAGUAUAUAGAGAUCUGACGUCACGCGCCCCUUUGGUGUUGUAAAAAGUCGAUGAACUAAUGAUGUUUAACAAAGAGCAAUUAUGAAUUUACGCCUUAUUGUUAUCAAUGAAAUAUCCAAACAUGGCAAUACGUACGAAUAGUACUCUUACAUUUAAUUGUUAUCGCAUAAAUAUGUGUAGUGAAUAAACGUCGGUACGUCUAUUGCUGAGUAAUGAAAGGUGCCCAAAUUUCUAGUACGAAUUUAGUAUAUUAUAUAUACACUAUACUAUUAAAACAUUGACACAACAAUAUCUAAUCUAUGCGUCCUUAGAUUUGUCGUAGUCUCUUUUUACUUCACUCGCAUAUGCACAAAAUACUGCCAAUGCCUAGCGGAUAAAUACUUCGAGAGAGAUGUAAACAAAGAAUUAAUUAAAGAAAAAAAAAGACAAAUUGUGAUAACGAAUAGCAAAGUCAGAGAAAAAGAAAAUAUUGUUACUGCCGCAUUAUAUAUUGUUCCGUCUGUAUGAUCGCUUUUUUACCUUUCGACGAAUCAAAAGCUGACAAACCGAUGAGACCUCGAAAGAAUAAGACAAGCGGUACUUAACUAGAUCGUUGCGCUAUUGGUUUUGCUAUGUUUGUAUUGUGUCGUUUUUAGAUAGAAGACAUAGCGAAUGUCUGCUUAUGUAAAGGUUGAAUUGUAAUCCCAAUGGUUGUACCUCGAGUUUUUAGCUUUUAGUUUGUGCAAAGGUCAAAAGAGAGAGAGACAGAUUUUUUUUCAAGAGAAUCCACAUAAGCUUGUACGCAGUUCUUUGUUAAUAUGUCGAUUGUUCUUAGCGAUUUAUAUUUAUGAUUUAUCCUUGGAAUUAUAAAAAUUGCAUUGUGUAUCUUGUGCUAUCCUAAUUACAGUAUUUUACACCACAAUCUGA